AUGGCUUACUCCUUUACAGAGGAGGAAAAGAGGUUCAUCCUCGCGGAAGCCAUCAAAAACAGCAGCCUAGAUGUUGGCCCCUUAGUGGGGUUUUUGAAGACGCACAAUGUCGAGCCAGACUGGCUUAAGAUGCAGUUGCCCAGCGGCCGCACUAUGGGACAAUGUCUCGCGGUCACCGAGCAGAUGUUCCAAGGUCCCAUGCGUGUCCCGGACCUCAAGCGGAAGUCCAUUAACGACCUUCUCGAACAACCACCAAAGCGUUUGGCUGCCGCAUCGCCUAUGGAGCCACCAGCGCAAUUACCACCCUUGGCCUCAGCAACGCAAGGCCUCGCAACCUACUCAAGCUCGAUGCCCGUAUCUUCUGCUGGACAUGAAAGUCAUGUACUAUGA